AUGAUGUGCCAAAAUCGGCAACAUCGUGUCAGAUACUGCUACGCGAGCGGAGGAUUGGAUGGCCGCACAAACACGACGUCUUAUUUCGCACGAAUCAGAUACGGCAUGGCGAGUAGUAUCUUGAAAUGCUGCUUUCUAUUCCAUGCUUUGAACGACACUGGCCAAGCCCCCAGGAAUCUCGAAUUGCAGUACCUCAUAUCUGCCUAA